AUGUUCGCUUUCAUCCCUGUUCUCGCAUUACUCGCUGGACCUGUGUUCGCACAGGACUCUUCCACUGCCUCAAACGGUACCGCUUCAACUGUUCAAAUUGAAGGAUUAGAAGCUAACUUCAAGCAGGCUCAACUGGUUCCUCAACUACUCAGUUCUUUCGAUCCUGAAGCGAUUCUCUCAGUUUCUUUCAGUGGACAAGCCAUCGCCACAGGUGACAAACUUGACGCCACUGCUGUUGCUUCAUCACCUGAAAUCUCCGUCUCACCUGCCGCCGAUGAGACCCUCGAUGCUGGUGCUUUAUACACCCUUCUCAUGGCUGAUGCCAAUGCCGUCGGAACCGACCAAAACGUCACUGAACAAACCAGACAUUGGCUCGUAAACGGUGUAUCACUUUCUCAAGGAUCUCAAGCUCCUUACGCUGUCAACUAUACCGGUGCCACCACCAUUACCGAUUACGCUGGACCUGGACCUUUCGAGGGUACUGGAUCUCACCGAUAUGUUAUUGCUCUUUAUGAACAAGGAUCUGAUUUCGCCGCCCCCGCCAACCUCUCUACAGCCGGUGUUGCUCUUGGAACGUGGUUCCUCUCAUCUUACGUAUCAGAAUCCAAACUUGGUGAUUUAGUAUCUGCCAACUACUUCCAAGUCGAAAAUGGUGUUGCUACUUCCACUGCCGAAUCUACCACUGCAGUAGAUUCUACCACUUUAGCUGGAUAUGCUUCCAACACCGUCGCAUCCGCAACCUCAGGUGCCAACUCUCAAACCGUUUCUGCAAGUGGAUCAGGUACAUCAGCAUCUCAAACUUCCGCUGCCGCUUCAGGUGCUUCAGCCGCUUCCAGUGCCGCUGCUUCAGCCGCUGCUACUUCAGCGGCCAGUGGAGCAGGUAAGAACGGUGUAGUAUACGGUAUGAUCGUUGGUGCUGUAGGUGUUGUAGGUGCCGUUAUCGGUGCUGCUCUCUAA